CUGAUAUUCUGUUUCUGCAGGCUGCAGGAGGCUGAGGAAAGCUCCACACCAUGGCAGAAGCAGGCUGCCCGCAGAGCCAGGAGCAGGAUGCAGCUCUGUCCCGGGGCAGCGGCCGCUGCAAGUGGUUCAACAUGCGGCUGGGCUUCGGCUUCCUGUCCAUGAGCAGCCGGGACGGAGCUGCUCUGGAGCCGCCGCUUGACGUCUUCGUCCACCAGAGCAAACUGCACAUGGAGGGCUUCCGCAGCCUCAGAGAAGGUGAGGCCGUCGAGUUCACCUUUAAGAAAUCAUCCAAAGGGCUGGAUUCUGUCCGGGUUACCGGGCCCAACGGAGCACCAUGUCUGGGCAGCGAGAGAAGACCGAAGAGCGCCCAGAAACGACGCUCCAAGGGUGACAGAUGCUACAACUGCGAAGGACCCGGCCAUCAUGCCAAAGAGUGUCAGCUGCCCCCUCAGCCCAAAAAGUGCCAUUUUUGUCAGAGUGUUUCCCACAUGGUGGCCAGCUGUCCACUCAAAGCGCAGCAGCAGCAGCAGCGGCAGCAGCAGCUUUCGUCUCCAAUCUCUCAGGGAACCCCUACCUCACAGAGGGACCAGGAAGAAGAAGAGGAGCAGAGCCAGGCCACCCUCAGAGUGAACCACUGAGGGAAACUGUGAGGGUGUCCACUGGAACACUGCUUAUACAGAAGAGCUACCUCAGGUUUUAUUUAUAGAGCGGCAACAUCAGGGUCAUCACUGUGGUACGGGUGUGAUGGGUUCUUCAAUAGAGUGCUGGCAGACAUGUCCACUUUGAAAACUUAUUUUUCUUUUUCUUUCCAAGUUCUUUUCCCACCUCAGAUAAGUGUCUUAGCUUUGAAAUGAAACAAUCCGACUCAGUGCUAGUUCAGCCGUGUAGUAACACCAGAUAUCAAGUCCCUGGGCUGAUCUGACAUGACCUGUGCCUCUGUUAACUGAGCCUUUUUUUGGGGGGGGGGGGGUUUAUAACUCUCCAAAGCAUUGCACACACACAGGGUGUGUGGCCUAAAGCACCAGAGUAGACUUGACUGAUAUAUGGGUUCGUAGAUAUUUGACAGGAGUCUAUGUCAGCGUGUUCUAUAAAACCUGCAUAAUGGGUAUAAUAGACCUUUUUUUAGCAGAUGUUUUCAUAUAUCAGAACAGGGAAAGCACAGGUGCAAUUUAUCA